CAUGUCUAAGCUCCAGAGCAAUUCACCUGGAAAUGUUGGAAGAUAUGUCAACUGAUGCAUUCAUCAAUGCCUUAAGAUGUUUCAUAGCCAUUAGAGGUACUGUCAGAGAGCUUAGAUCUGACCAAGGAUCUAAUUUUGUUGGAGCAAAGAAUGAAUUGAACAAGGCUCUAAAAGAGAUGGAUAAAGAAAAAGUAACUGAGUACUUGUUAGAGAAACAGUGUGACUUCCACAUGAAUGCUCCAAAUGCAAGCCAUACUGGAGGAGUUUGGGAGAGGCAAAUCAGAACUGUAAGAAAUGUGCUAAGUGCAGUGUUGAAAAGGAACACCGGAAGAAUAGAUGACGCUUCACUUAGAACACUAUUCUAUGAAGUAAUGUCUAUUGUUAACAGUCGUCCACUUACAGUCGACAACAUCAACAACCCAACAAGUUUGGAACCUUUAACUCCCAACCAUCUACUUCACCUUAAACCUGAUUACAUACAGCCACCGCCUGGCAAAUUCACCAAAGAGGAUUUAUAUGCCAGAAAAAGAUGGCGAAGAGUUCAAUGUCUAUCAGAACAGUUUUGGAAUAGAUGGAGUAAAGAGUACUUAGCUCAUCUCACGCUAAGAAGUAAAUGGCAAACACCCAGAAGAAAUGUCCAAAUUGAUGACAUAGUGUUAGUAAAAGAAGACGACUUACCUAGAAGUCAAUGGAAAUUGGCCAAAGUCCUAGAAGUUCAAAAGGACGAAGACGGACUAGUGAGAAGAGUAUUGUUACAAAUAGGAGACUCAAAACUUGACAAAAAAGGAAAACGUCUCACAAUUCCACUCAAGUUGGAACGUCCAAUUCAAAAGUUAGUUGUUCUGCUUGAGAGUAACAAAAGACACUUGAGAGUUGAGAACCAGAUGGAAAAUUCCUCAAAUCCAUGUUGAAAUCCUACUACUGAGAACAUAGAGUUGUAGGUAAUUUUGGUGGGAGUGUAGCUGGCCAGCUAAGACCUGUUCUAGGUUACUAUUAUGGUUAUAUAUGUAUGCACCAAAACCUGCCAAUAACCUCAGUACAGUUCUUAUGUUCACAUGUUUAAGUAAAAAGCAGAGUUUGCCUGUAAUUAAUGUUUCUGAAUGUGAAUGUUAUAACGUUUAUAUGCAUUGUGUUAGCAGAAGCAGAAAAAGAAAAUGUACCUUUAAGAACCAUUAUAUAGGUAAGCCAAUCAUAGCCAGCCUCACACUGCACAAGAGCUUCAACCAAUCCCAGUCAGCUACACAAUUGAUCUGUGUGGGAGUUCCCCAUGCCAGAUCUUUCUGAAGCCAUUACUUAUCAGACAAAGGGAGGAAACAGAGAGUUCCAGUCAGAGAUAAGUUUUAUGGAAGCAGAGAAGGCCAAAUAGUUCCACCAAUUUCAGAACAAACCGAGUGCCAAUUUCAGACCUAUCCAAGUACCAAUUUCAGAACAAUCAGAGUACCAAUUACAGACCAAAUACAGAUGCAAUUACAAAUCCAAAUGCAAAUACAAAGGUGAAUUGCUUACUGCUGAUAUAAAGCAAAUGCACAGUCCCAUACCAAAGUGCUAUACCUGAGAGUGAAAUACAUCCACCAUCUUAAGUUAUCUGUUAACUGUUGAACUGCCUUUUAUGGUUUUAUUCACCACGUGUUUGUACAUGGAAUAUCCGCUGCACAAGCAGCAGAAAGUUGAAGUUAUUAAAGAAGUUAUUUAAAGGUAUUGGUGUGUUCUUUAAACCUACUGCCUCCAUAGAACGGCGCUAGAGGAAUUACAGAGUAAAAGAAAGUCUGAUUAGACUAAAGGGACAGAGAUUUUAUAAUUCUUCUAAUGCCACAGCGCACAAGGCACUGUGUAGUGCUGCGCCUGCC